AUGCUGUCUAUAAAUAAAAAAGGCGGAGUUGCUCUCAACUAUAUUCUAAAAAGAGCUCCAAAUCUCUUACCUGCUGUAGCAACCACUGUAAAACUUCUUCCUAAAAUAACUAAAAAAGAUAAAAAAAAUAACCAGAGAUAUAUACAUCAUAAUUUUGAUCAUACAAAUAACACCAUAAACAAUCAUAAUGGGAUUCAUCAAAAUCAAAACAUUGAUGAUCAUGAUAAUGAUGACAAUAGUAGCGAUCGUUUAUCUGUGGCUUCAUAUUUCGUCAAUAACAAUGCGUUAUCUCCUGCUCAAAGGCGUGGUAUUAAACGUACUUUAUAUCAUGAUUAUGAUAUAUUAUCAAUAUUUAAAUCCUCAUCACCUUCAAAUCGUAACGAUGUACCAGAAAUCAAUAUUCUUCCAGUAGACACUACUAAUAAUAAUACUAGUAAUGGUCGUCGUCCUCACUCAAGAUCAAAUAAUAAUUUCCCUAUAAUAAAAGAAGGCUAUCUCAAUAAAAAAAUAGAUUUUGACACAAAAUCAUUCUCAUCCUCACCAUCUUCUGGUUGGAAAGUUUAUCGCGUAGUGUUACGUGGCUCAAAACUUUAUUUUUACAAACCUCCUUCCGAAUCAGUAUUAAAAACAUUUUUUCCAAAUAAUGAUGAUUUAAAUAAUAUUAGAGAUUUAAAAUUUUCAAUAUUCUCAUCAAAUGAUGAUCACGGUAUGGACUUAAAUCCUGCUAAUUUUGAAUCAAGUGCAAAUAAAUUAAUCUUUGAAGUAUGUAAACGUAAAUGGGUGAGGUAUACGGCUGCCAAUCUAAGACCUAUUAUGGAUGCUAUGGGUUUUGAGACACCAACGUCAAAUCAAGAUUGGGAUUCAAAAUCUUUUAAUAGUACUCGUGGUAUAUCUGAAAAUGAUAAUGUAAAUAAUAAUAAAGGUAAAGGUUACUAUACGAAAUGGAAACUGGAUUCUUGUUUUCCAAUUCAUAAUGUUGAAGUAAUACAGGACCCAACACAAGAUCAAAAUCCAUAUAUACCAACCAGCUAUUCUCCCUACAUUGCUCCCUUAUCUCAAUCCCCAUAUAUCAACUCUCUCUCAAAUAGACCAAAUGAUGAUGCCUCAUCUCUAAAAUCUUUUUCUUCCAAUAAUGCCGAUAAUAACAACGCUAUUCUCCAUCUAUCAAUUAUUGAUGGUCAAGAUAAAAGUACAUUAAGAGCUUUUAUUAUGCCAAAUAACGAAUCAAAAUCAAUUUGGAUUAGUAAACUAUGGGAUGCUAAGAAAGCAAGUCUUAGAAAAUUGAUUAAAUUACCUGAUAAAGUUGAUUCUAAUUUAAGACAAUAUGGUUCAUCAAGGGACAAUAAUAAUAGCAGUACUGGUGGAAAUAGUGGUGGCGGUAACAAGAUCGAAUUUGCAAAUCUUCCUACACCUAGAAAAGCUAGAGCAUAUUGGGGCACUGAUAAACAUCCUGAAUUAAUUGAAAAUGUUGUUGACAGAUCUAAUAAAUCCAGUGAAUUUAAAGAUGAAGAAGAAAAUAUUGAUGAUGAAUCCGGUAAAAUAAUUGAUAAUAAUGAUGAGGAUGGCAAAAUAAUUGAAAAUAUUGAAAUUGGGAAAGAUGAAAAUCUUGAAAACAGCGAUGAUGAUAGGAAUUCUCUUAAAGCCACUGAUGAAAUUGGCAAAGAUUUUGAUGAGGAUAGUUCAACUAAAUCACCAACGACUUUAGUUGAUGAUUCAACUUUUAAUUCUCCCAUUAAAAAGUCAUCCCAGAAAAUGAUUCGUGGGGGGUCGAUCGAUGCGUUAAUACAUGAACUUGUGUUUGAAAGUCAAAAGGGUGCCGAUGACGAUGACGAGUUUCUACAUGCAUUUCUUCUCACCUAUCCUCUAUUCAUAGAAUCGACCCAUAUUUUGCGCGAGUUACGUCGUUGUUCCAGUAUGAUAACUCCAAAGGCUGAUGUUAUUAACAAUAGAUUGAUUGUAAUUUUUAAAACAUGGUGUCAAAGCUAUACUAGAGAUUUGGUUAGGGAUGACUUUUGGAAUGAUAUUUUAAACUUUGUGGAAGAAAUAUUUCCUGACAAUGAAAAGGUUCAAGGUGCAAUGGAGUUAAAAAAUUUAUUACAUGAAAAACGUAAUGAAGUUCUUCAAUCAUCAUCAUCUAUGCCAAUUUCUUUAUCAACUCCGACUACAAUCACAACUAAUUCUGAUGACUCUGAAGAAGAAAAGCAUAAAGCAAUUAGCGACAAUCAAAUUGUCGAUCCGUUAUCUUUGGAUCUUUCUAAUUUGUUAGUUACGGGGUUAACUCCUGGCUUAUUUUUGAAAAUUGCUCCGGAAGAAUUAGCGAAACAAAUUUAUUCUUAUCAUUAUAUUGAGUUACACCGGUUGAAUCCAAAAAAUAAUUUAAGAAGUUUCAUGUCUCUGAAACACCGACCAAAUUCACCCACACCAUACAAAGAAAAUCCAUUAAAUUUCACUCAGACAUCUCCGCAUUUCAUCACACGAUUAAUCUACCAUCAUGUCUUGAUUGCAGCUCAACAAUCUGCUGCCUACUCAUCUCGUCGUCAUCUAAUCCUGAUGCAUUGGAUAAAAGUUGGUAUUAAAUGUAAGGAAUUGGGCGAUAUGGCAAGUUGGAUGGCUAUUGUUGUGGCUGUUUGUUCGCCUAGUAUAGUGAGAUUAAAGGAAACUUGGAGUAGGGUGGAUGAUAAUUUGAGAAGUAUAAUCAUUAAUGAUUGGAUUCCUCUGAUGUCAUCUUUUGGUGGUUUAGAAGGCGAGAUUGAUUAUAUUAAUAAUCCCAAGACGCCACCUUUAACACUAUUACCUGAUAAAAAAGAAAAUCUUAAAACUAAACCAAUUCCUUAUUUUGGGUUUGUUACUGUUGCAUUGGAAAAAUUGUCUACUAACGUACCAGCUUUUAUUGAUAAAUCUUCUUCAUUAUCACCUGGGGAAGAUUUUAAUUUCAAUGGAAACUACACCAAUGCUAACAAUAGUAGUAGCCGCGUCAGCUCACGAAAUAAUAGUAUGACUGGUACUAAUACCAUUAAUUUUGAAAAAUAUUGGAAAAUAUAUGAUACAAUUAUCAAUUCUCUUUCUCAAUGGCAACAAUUUGAUGAUAUUCAAGAAAGUCAAGCUUCUUCAAUAUUAGAUCCAUGGCAAUUUUUUGAUUCCUCUUUAUCAGCUAUUCGUAAAAGUCUUGACCCGGCAUUUGAAAGUCAGGAUGAAAAACUUGCACAAUCAAUUGACAAGGUUGUGAGUGAUUCAGUACCUUCUUCACUCUACGAAAAUUCAAAAGAUAAUUUUAUGGAACAAAAGAAACAAAAUGAGCAACCAAAGCUGCUCGGAAAACAAUUAAGACACCACCACCAUCGACCAAGAACUAAGUCCAAAGUGGAGACUUUUUUGAUACAUGCCGUACGACCAAUAUCUGUAGUUGCAAACACCAUAACAAAUACAUUAAAUCCUGGAUAUGCAUCCAAUUUACGAAAUCAGCAGCGAUCACAACAAAGUUUUAAACCAAUACUUGUCAUCAAUCUAAUUAAUUCUGAAAUAAUACCUGAAAACAAUUUAUCUCUUGAUUUUGUGUUCCGUAUCAUAAGUGAAGAAGGUGGUCAAUAUUUGUUUCAAGCCUUUAAUUUUGAUGAUAUGAAUGAUUGGAUUAAAGUUAUAAAAGGUGCGGAAAAACAAGGAGCAGAAAAACGUCAAACAAUAUUUGAGACAGAACCAAUAAUUAGAAUUGAAGAAGAAGAAAUAUCACACGAAGCUGGUUCACGUAAUUCCAAUCUUGAAACAUUAAUGAUAGAUGGAAAUAUCCCAACCCUCGUUGAAAGAUGUAUAGCUGAAAUUGAAAAAAGAGAAGUUGGAAUUUAUCGUGUUCCAGGAGCUAAAAACCUUAUUGAAAAAUUAACGGAAGAAUUUAACAAUGAUACAGUAGAUUUGAGUAGUGAAACUUAUAGUGACAUUAAUGUUGUGGCUAGUGUACUCAAACUUUUCUUCCGUUCACUUCCAGAACCUCUUAUGACCUAUGAAUUGUAUGAAGAGUUUGUCAAUGCUUCAAAAAUUAAAGAUCAUGAUGAAAGAUUUUAUGCAAUCAAAGAUCUUUUGUAUAAGUUACCAAGAGCAAAUUACAAUUUAUUAAAACGAUUGAUCGAACAUUUGGAAACAGUCACUGAUUACGAAGAAGUCAACCACAUGUAUGCUGGUAACUUGGCGUUAGUAUUUACUCCUAAUAUACUCAAAUCACGUGAUUUUAUAGUUUCAAUGGGAAAUUUAGGACACAAUAGUGACAUUAUCAAAUGUCUGAUACUUCAUUAUCAUUGGUUCUUUGAUGUGGAGAGAGAAGUGGAAGAAGUUGGAGAUAAUGGAGAAAUUGAAGAAGGGACGGUUAGAGAGGGUGAAGAUGUAGAGGAGGUUGAGAUUGAGGAGAUGGAUGGGUUUGAUGUAGAAACUUCAGAUUUCCGCAACAUUUUCUGGAUUGAAGGGUUUGAUAAUCGAGAAUGUGGAGAAAUUACAUUUGUAUUUAGUGAAUCCAAUUCAUAUCUUUAA